ACACACACACACACACACACACACACACACACACACACACACGCUCAUCCAUACGCACCAGCGCAGCCCUACGGAGCUUUGCGUCCGAGGUGCUCUCUCUCCCGUUCCUCAGUAUUUCUACGCUCAUGAUUCACUAGGCCUGCAUUGAUCGUUACCAAAUGCAUCAGGUUAUGAUUCAUUUUUUCUUCAUUCUGAUAGGCAAAUGAUGCUUCUCAGCGGCGGUAGCUGAGAGGGCGGUAUAGAGAGAGAGAGAGACAGAGAGGAGGAGAGAUGAGAGGACGCACAGCGUCAGAUGUUUAGCACAUUCUCGAUCCUCGCCGUCGUUACUGCUGCUCGGUUUUUGCUCAUUUUCCUCCCCUCCGUCGGCCGGGCCCGUGACAUUUGCGGCUCUCGAUGCUGUAAUCCGGGGGAAUAUGUGAAGAUCAUGCUGGCGGUGUGGUGCUUCAUGGUCUUUGCUGCAGUGGGCGAGAGGCUUGCAGUCUCAGGUUUGGACAACAGUCCGGUGCAGGAUGCAGGGGUGUGGGACUGGUUUACCCCGGCAGGGUGGUCGAACAGCAGGGACACUGCAUCUGAGAUCAUCUAUCCGAAGCGAAUGGUGCAGCAGAUCGAGUCAGAGGAGGAAAUGGCUCAUGAGCACUUGGAUACCAGGGUGAAGAACAGCACCAGGGACAACUCCCCUGUCCACUUGGCACAGAGCUGUUUCCAAGUGGCAGCCUUUGGACAAACCUUCACUCUGGACCUGGAGCUGAAUCAUCACCUCCUGUCUUCAGAAUAUGUGGAACGGCACUUUAAGAAAGACGGCAGACCCUCUCAGUCAGUGGGAGGGGAGCACUGCUACUACCAGGGAAGGUUACGAGGUUUACCAGAGUCCUGGGCAGCUCUAUCUACCUGCCAUGGCCUGUGCGGCAUGUUCUCUGACGGCUUCUUCUCAUACGGACUUGAGCCUGUUCACAAUCAGAGCUAUCAGGUUGAUGGUGCUCACUUAAUCCGCAGGAUGCCUGAUGUCAGGCUUUCCCCGCAUUGCCCAGACUGUACAGAGGACAAUGAGUGGGAGAGCAGAGGAGGUGAUGGUGAUGACGACAGACCGGACCAAAUGAGAGAGCAGCAGGAGUCUGGGGGGCUGAGACGGUCCAAGAGAUUUGUUCGCAAGCCCUCAGUGCACACUGAGACCAAAUAUAUUGAGCUGAUGGUGGUCAACGACAAUGAAAUGUUUGUACAGCUGCGUCGCUCAAGCAGCCAAACCAAGAACUUUGCCAAAGCAGUGGUCAACAUGGCAGAUGCGAUCUAUAAGGAACAGCUGAACACGAGGAUUGUUCUGGUUGCCAUGGAGACCUGGACCUCUAAAAAUAUGAUGCCAGUAGCGGAAGAUCCAUUGAUAACGCUGCAGAACUUCAUGAAAUACAGAAAGGACAACAUCAGAGAGCAGAGCGAUGUCGUCCAUCUUUUCUCAGGCCGCACAUUUCACAGUAGCCGUAGUGGGACGGCCUACACAGGAGGGGUAUGCACUCUGACAAGGGGAGGAGGUAUCAAUGAGUAUGGGAACGUGGGUGCAAUGGCCGUCACUUUGUGCCAGAGUCUUGGCCAGAACAUCGGCAUGAGGUGGAACAAUGCGCGUAACUCUGCAGGAGACUGCAGGUGCCCAGAUGCCUGGCUGGGCUGCAUCAUGGAAGACACUGGAUAUUAUCUGCCUAGAAAGUUUUCUCGCUGCAGUGUUGAUGAGUACAUCCAGUUCUUGCUCCAGGGGGGAGGGAGCUGCCUCUUCAAUAAGCCCAACAAGCUGUUAGACCCUCCAGAGUGUGGGAAUGGAUUCGUGGAGCUAGGAGAGGAGUGCGAUUGUGGCUCCCAAGUGGAGUGCGCCCGCACUGGAGGAUCCUGCUGUAAAAAAUGCACCCUUACCCAUGAUGCCAUGUGCAGUGAUGGACUCUGCUGCAGUGCCUGCAAGUAUGAGCAAAGAGGAGUGGUUUGUCGAGACGCAGUGAACAACUGUGAUAUCCCAGAAACCUGCACUGGAGACUCCAGCCAGUGUCCUCAUAAUGUCCACAAGCUGGACGGCUACAUGUGUGAUAUCAGUCAGGGGCGCUGUUAUGGUGGACGGUGCAGGACUCGUGAUGGACAGUGUACGGGACUCUGGGGUUACAACUCCGCAGACAGGUUUUGUUAUGAGAAGCUGAACGCUGAGGGGACAGAGAAAGGCAACUGCGGUCCUGGUCCUGAAGGACAAGGCUGGCUGCAGUGCAACAAGCCGGAUGUUUUAUGCGGCUUCCUCCUCUGUGCCAAUGUGACGAUGAAGCCAAAGUUUGGAGACCUGCAUGGUGAAGUGAUCAGCUUCACCAUCUACCACCAGAACAAAUACCUGGACUGCAGGGGGGGCCAUGCUCUGCUUGAGGACGGCUCAGACCUGGGCUAUGUGGAGGAUGGCACUCCCUGUGGUCCCAACAUGAUGUGUUUGGAACGACGCUGCCUCCCUGUGGCCGCAUUCAACCUCAGCUCCUGUUCAGGAUCCAACUUCGGACAAAUCUGUUCUGACCACGGGACCUGCAGUAAUGAGGUGAAGUGUAUCUGCGACAGGGACUACACGGGGAAGGACUGCAGUGUCUUUGAUCCGAUCCCUGAGCCGACAGUGCCGACUGGCCCGGAGAAGAAAGUCUGCCAAUGACACAGAGAAAUUGAGCAGCAGCUCUCAUAGGGCCAAAAGAGCCAAAGCCCAACCUUGUGCAGGAGGGUUUCCAGCUGAAAGAGCAGGAGAGGGGGAUGACAACAAAGUAAUAAAUCUCUCUCUCCUUUUGUUUUUGUUUUGUUUUUUUGUAUUCGUUGUCUCCGUGACCUUCCUCGCUCACCCACCUGUACUCCCACCUCCACCCCCCACGUGCUGGUCUCCUCUUCUCUCUCCUCAUCUCUCUCUCUCUCUCUCUCUCUCUCUCUCUCUGUCUGCAGGUAUCUUUUCAUCUGCCUCUCUCCUUCUCUAGUUGAUGUUGUUGAUGUUCUGUGUUGAUGCUGUCCUCUGACGUGUGUUUUUUAGUGGUGUUGUU